ACUAGAAGCCAUCAUAUCUCUUCGAAUCGCUCAUUUUCUCUGUUUUCCUUCACAGCAGAAGUACACAUUCUCUCCCACUCAAUUGAAAUUCCCUUUUAAAUUCUUCCACCAACUAUGCCUUCAAGGCUCUCCGAUGCCAUUAGACCCCAUAUCGACUUCACUUCACUCCAAGAACUCCCCGAUUCAUACGCAUGGAACCACCAGGCCGAGUUCGACUACCCCUCGUCGUCCGACGAUGUCGAAUCCGUGCCGAUUAUAGACCUUAAUGACCCUAAUUCUGUUCAAGCUAUUGGCCAUGCAUGUAAAACAUGGGGAGUUUUCCAAGUCAUCAACCAUGGUGUCCCUAUUGGUCUCUUUGAUAUGGUUGAGUCCACUAGCCGAACACUUUUCUCUUUACCUGUCAACCAAAAACUCAAAGCUGCUCGAUCACCGGACGGUGUCUCCGGAUACGGUUUCGCAAGGAUUUCAUCGUUUUUCUCUAAGCUUAUGUGGUCCGAGGGCUUCACCAUUGUCGGGUCACCUGAAGAGCAUUUUUGUCAACUUUGGCCACUUGAUUACAUCCAUCACUGUGAUGUGAUUAAGGAAUACAAGCAAGAAAUGAACAAAUUAGCAGGGAGAUUGAUGUGGUUGAUGUUGGGUUCAUUGGGGAUAACAGACAAGCAAGAUAUCAAGUGGGCUGGCCCAAAAGGUGAUUUCGACGAGGCUUCAGCAGCUCUACAGUUGAAUUACUACCCUGCUUGUCCCGACCCGGACCGAGCCAUGGGUCUCGCCGCGCAUACGGACUCGACCCUCUUCACCAUCCUCUACCAAAACAACACGAGCGGGUUACAAGUCCUGAGAGAGGGAGUGGGGUGGAUCAAAGUCCCUCCGGUCCCCAACACGCUCGUCAUCAAUGUCGGGGACCUCAUGCAUAUCUUGUCCAACGGUUCAUUUCCGAGUGUUCUUCACCGUGCCAUGGUGAACCGGACCCACCACCGGUUAUCGGUAGCCUAUUUAUAUGGGCCACCAUCGAGUGUCAAGAUAUCGCCACAUCCGAAACUAGUAGGCCCAACUCAACCACCUCUGUAUCGACCAGUUACUUGGAAUGAAUACUUGGACGCCAAAGCCAAACAUUUCAACAAAGCACUCUCGCGGGUUCGAGCUUGUGUCCCUCUAAAUGGAUUGGUUGAUGUAAAUGAACACAAUAAUGGCGUAAAGGUUGGCUAAAAGACAACCAUUGUUGUUGUUAAUCACCUUUUUGUUCUCUUCCUCUUUUUAUAAAUAUUAUUCAUUUUUAUUGGAAUAAACACUUUUUUUAACA